ACGUGGUCGGGAUGUCAUGCCAUCUUGCUCGUAGACGGCUCUCUUCGACAGUCGAUAUAAGAGCUCUAGCCCGCCCCUCUUGAUGACAUCUUUCUUGCUUGCUAACACAACAAUCAUCAUCCCUUUCCCGUCCCACGUCUCUACCUGUUGCUGCCACACAUCUUGCCUUAGUACAGCACAGAAGUCACCCUUUCCCAGUUCCACUAGCCUUCAGCCAUCAUGCCUAUGUUUGAGGAUUCCGACUUUGGCGUCGAGACGCCCACUAGCCCUACCCAGCUGAGGAUGAAGCAAUCCCAAGCCAGCAUGAGCGGCUCGCCGCUGGCCGGGAGCCUCGCUAUUCCCUCCGAGAACCGGGAGGAUGGUCCGAUCGAGGUCCCGGCCACCCGCUCCUCCGUCUCAGAGGCUUCCAAGUACAUGCACAACCUCAGUGUCUCCCCUUCCAUGAGAGCGCGGAGGAGCUCGCGCAACUCUUUCGGCACAUCGCUUCCCAUUCCCCGGAGCAAGAGACAAUCUCGCCUGUCCUCUGUGCACUAUCCUGAUGGAGUGCCUACCGGUCAGCCCCAGCGCCCGGGUAUGCCUCCGAUCCAGCCCACACGCGCUCUUUUGGCUGCCCAGGUCCAGUCGGUCUCUGCCGACAAGGUCAAGAAGGCCAAGAAUAUGGCUUUCGCCUUCGACAUUGAUGGUGUCCUGGUCCAUGGCGACCGUCUAAUCCCCGAGGGCCAGCGUGCUCUCGAGAUUCUCAAUGGCGACAAUGAGCUUGGCAUCAAGAUUCCCCACAUCUUCCUCACCAACGGCUCCGGCAAGAUCGAGACUGAGCGUUGCGCACAACUCUCACGCAUCCUGCACAACCCCGUCUCGACCGAGCAGUUCAUCCAGAGCCACACUCCCAUGAGCGCUCUUUCCGAGUACUACCACACCGUCCUCGUCGUUGGUGGUGAGGGCUACAAGUGCCGCGACGUCGCCGAGCAGUACGGCUUCAAAGACAUUGUCGUGCCCAACGACAUUGUGGCUUCUGAUCCCACCAUUGCCCCUUACCGUGUUUUCACCGAGGAGGAGCGUGCGUCUUCGCGGCCUCGCGACUUUACCAAGACCAACAUUGAUGCCAUCCUGGUCUUCUCCGACUCUCGCGACUAUGCGACCGAUAUGCAGAUCAUCAUGGACCUGCUCCGGUCCGAGAACGGCCGCCUUGGCACGAUCGCCAAGGACCCUGUCUCGCAGCGUAUCCCCAUCUACUUCUCGCAGGGUGAUUUCCUUUGCCCGACCGAGCACCCCAUCCCUCGCAUGUCGCAGGGCACCUUCCGCAUUGGUCUCGAGGCCAUGUACAAGGCUCUCACCGGCGUCGAUCUUGAGCGCGUUGUCUACGGCAAGCCCGAGAUGGCUACCUACAAGUAUGCCGACGAGAUUCUCACCUCGUGGAUGGGGGAGCUCCACGGCGAGGAGAGACUGCCCGAUAACGUCUACAUGAUUGGAGACAACCCGGCAUCUGACAUUAUCGGCGGAAACCUCAAGGGCUGGAACACUUGCCUGCUGCGCACCGGUGUCUUCCAGGGUGGCGAGAACGACAUUGAGAACCCGGCCAACUUUGGCGUCUUCCCUACUGUCCUCCAGGCCGUCGAAGCUGCCCUGCGCAAGGAACUUGGCGAUGACUUCAAGAUGAAGUUUGACGAGGAGAGCAUCAACCCCAUCAACCACGAUGGCAAGGCUGGCGCUGCCAUUGAGUAGAAUUAUAUACCCCCCACCACCUUUUGCAUUUGGGCAUGAGCGCAACGAUAUAGAAUGGGCAGGAGUUCUCUGGCGUCUCUGUUUUGGUUUCCAUAUCCAUAGUUUCAAAGCAUCUAGGACUAGUAUGCAGAAUUUCAUUACCUGACCAACACCGAUGUGCUGCUGUGCGUGAUUUGUAUUGCAAUGUGUGCAUACGUAGAAGACUCUAUGCAACGCGCAACUGCCAUGGUGCGCUUUCACACGCCAGAUGUGGACAUGUUCCGAUUAGUUGUCUGACAACGUUGAAGAAAUAGUUCAAACAUUCGCGCUUUGAGAGUUGGGCUGCAAAUAGUCGACAG